GUAUGGGGUUGGGUGUUAAGUCCUCUGCUGCUGUUCUGCUCUGCAUCCUCCUGCGGGUUUCUCAGUCAUGGGCACCAUGUCUAUACCCCAUCAAUCAAUUUAAUGGUUCUGAAGACGUCUUAGCAGAUGGUUGCCCAGAAUACGAAAUACAGAAUCUCAAUGGUAAGAGGAUGGAGAUUUCAUGGCAUGCAAAAAAAAAAUUUCCAGGCAGGAACAUGACGAUGUCUUAUAAGUUUGAUGAACAAGAAGAGAAGCAGUGCAUUGAAUAUUUGCAUGACCAAGGAUACAACAGUGGGUGUCUAUUUCCUACUGAAGGGAGUUAUCUGCACAUUUACAUUAGGAAUCCAAAUCAGACAGAGGAGGCUUACUUUGAUGAACAAGAGAGCAGCAAUUUGUUGAAGCCCAACCCACCUGAACACGUUACUUUCCAAUGGGCAGAUGACAAAGUAACUGUGCAGUGCAAGGGAGUUGACAAGGAACAUUGUUUUCGCUUUGAACUUCAGUACAAAAGCCAACUUGACAAAGAUUGGCAGUCUAGGGACCAAGAAUGUUGUGAGAUUAAAGACCAAGGAUUUGAUCCAGCGAAAUGCUAUUCCUUUCGAUUCAGGCUGAAUCACAGUUGCAGUGUAUUUGCUUAUUCCAGUGAAUGGGGAGCAGAAACACAUUGGAAAAAUGGCAGCUCUGUAGACUCUUGUGAUAUAGAUGUCUCUGAACCCAAAUCAAUUACAGUAAUCCCUUUGACCUUGGUGAUGGCUGGCGUCCUGGUAAUAUUUGCCCUUCUGUUGUGUGUUUGCAGAUGGGAAAGAAUUAGGAAGAUCCUAAUGCCUUCUGUACCAGACCCCAAACAUCUAUAUUCUGAUUUGUUCAGCGAUCAUAAUGGGAACUUUCAGGAAUGGAUUAGCAAGACAGAAAAUGUGCUGGUUCAAACAAAGGUAAAAUAUGAUGCUGAUGAAGAAGAAGAAUGUGCAAUUGAAGAGGAAGAAGGAAAAGAUUUCCAGGGAGCCAAAGUAUAAGCCAGAGGCAAUCAAGAAGAUACUGAAGGGGUCCAACGUGUACCAGAACUUCAGAGUCAAUGCUUGUUAUACAACCACUGAAGGCAAUAUCAACAGGUCGCUCUCACAAUUUCAACCACCCAACUUUGCUCACAUGCUUAUCUCCGUCCUCCCUCCACCGUGUCAUCUGUGGAUCCUCUGCCAAGAAGACUUCUGAGUGUCAAAUGCGUAUUAAAUAACAGUGAGAAAUGAAGUGGUAGAUGACAUGUAAGUUGGGUAGAUGAUAUGUAAAUAGCCAUUCUAGAGGAUGUUGAAUGAUACUCAUAUCACAAAUGAUAAAAAGAAAUAGCCAAUCACUGAUACUAACUCAGGGAGACAAUGCAUAACUGUUGCCUGUUCUUUGUUGUUUGACUCACAUUGUUGUUUCAAAAUAAAGAAACACACAUACCCUCUUCUUUGGUUAAUAGAAGGCUGCUUCCAUUAUGCAAAGAUUGUCAUGUACUACAUGUCUAUAUGGUGCACCAAGUUACAAUGAGCAGUGUAAAGUUUAUGCAGGGUGUAGAUAUUCAGCCAUGCCUAAAACAUAUCCCUGUGUUACUGAUUCCAGUCCUCAGUGAGCUUUGGAGUAGACUGAUUGGUAUAUAUCUGAGUUCUUCUCUUGUAAAUUCAUCUCAAUACUAAUGAGGUCUGAGAUCUUCUUUGUUUCUCCUAUACUGCACUGAAUGCAAGAAAGCUCUUCCCUUCCCACCCUUCUGCCUUGAAAACUGUGAGAUCUAACUGGUCCCUAAUAUAGAACUGUCCCUCAUGUAGAACUUUAGCCUGUCUAUUGCACGAGCUGGCUUUUCAUCUGGGAACUGGAUAAGCAAGAAGAGGCAGAGGGGCCAGUUAACAAUGUGAGGAAUCCAUAUUAGUUUUCUGCAUUAUGCCAAAUUAAUGUGUGUACACACAAGCACACCCUUACACAUUACAGACCACACAGAUGCGUACUUCACAUGUUCAGCACAUGGGCACAUAAAUUAUGAAGACAGUCUACCCAGAGAAGGGCAUUAGAGAACAGGCAGUUGAUGUUUAUUUUUUUAUAGUUUUUAUUAAUUUUUUUGCUUUACAAUUUAGAAUACUCAUUUAAACAUCCUUAAAAUAUCAAUGACUUCCCAUCUUCUCUUUCCAUGGUUCAUUUUGCAUAUCAUAAAUCCCUGCAUAUUUUACAUAAAAUAAACCAUUCAGUAUUCUAUUAUUACAUCAAUCAAAACCUAUUUAAACUGUUGAAUUUAUCUUAAUGCUGCCAACAUUUUCAAGUGUACCCAAUUUCCCCCUACAUAUUCA